UCAUAAUAGCCUCAUCAUUCAUGUGAGUUGCUCGCAGUAUCGUAUUCCGCCGAUCGUAGCCGCCUCUCCAUAAUCCAAUUUCUAGGGUUCUUCUCGUAUUCUCCUCAGUCUUCAAUCUUGAAUUUUGAUUAACCUAUUUUCUGUUGAAUUCGAACGUAUUAUUGUUAGCUGCGAUUCAUAGAUAUCCAAGAUUUGAAUUUGUGAGAUCUGAAUGAUUAAUGGAGUCUAAAGGUGGGAAAAAGAAGUCUAGUAGUAGUAAAUCAUUAUUCUACGAAGCUCCUCUGGGUUACAGCAUCGAAGACGUCAGACCAAACGGUGGAAUCAAGAAGUUCAGAUCUGCUGCAUACUCCAACUGCGCUCGCAAGCCAUCCUGAUAUCCCUAAGUGAGCCCUCAGACCACACUUAGUGGUCAAUAAGUUUUUACUUUUGCCAUAUUUCGUUUUAGAUCCUCUUCUUCAAUCAUCUCUUCCUCUUUUCGGCUCUCUUCGUGACUGCAAUUUCUUUACAACUGCCAAAAUCUUUGUUUAGUGUCUGUGGAACGAUUUAAACUGUGAUUGUACCCCAUGGUUGACAUGGCCAUGGCAGUGUCUGCAAUUGGAUUUGAAGGUUAUGAAAAGAGGCUGGAAAUUUCAUUUUUUGAGCCUGGCAUCUUUGUUGAUCCUGAAGGCAAGGGCCUUCAAUUGCUGUCAAAAGACCAGCUGGACGAGAUACUAGGACCUGCUCAGUGCACUAUUGUGUCUUCGUUGUCAAAUGAGCAUGUUGACUCAUAUGUCCUUUCUGAGUCCAGCCUCUUUGUUUAUCCUUACAAGAUCAUCAUCAAAACCUGUGGGACUACAAAGUUACUGCUGUCAAUCCCACCCAUCCUUAGGUUGGCUGGCUUUCUUUCCCUUGCUGUGAAAUCUGUGAGGUAUACCCGUGGCAGCUUUAUCUUUCCAGGAGCCCAGUCAUAUCCUCAUCGCAGCUUCUCAGAAGAAGUUGCUGUCCUUGAUAGCUAUUUUGGCAAGCUUGGCUCAGGCAGCAAGGCUUAUGUAAUGGGUGGGUUGGAUAAGCCACAGAAAUGGCAUGUUUACUCUGCUUCUGCUGAGUCAGUAAUCUCCUCUGACCCUGUUUACACUCUGGAGAUGUGCAUGACUGGUUUGGACAGGGAAAUGGCUUCAGUUUUCUACAAAGAGCAAUCAGGUUCUGCUGCUACAAUGACCAUUAAUUCUGGGAUAAGGAAGAUUCUGCCAGAUUCAGAGAUAUGUGAUUUUGAGUUUGAUCCCUGUGGUUACUCAAUGAAUGCAAUUGAAGGAGUUGCAAUUUCUACCAUUCAUGUUACCCCAGAAGAUGGUUUUAGUUAUGCAAGCUUUGAAGCAGUAGGAUACAAUCCAAGAGAUGUGAAUCUGGAGCAACUGGUUGAGAGGGUGUUAGUUUGUUUCAAACCAAGUGAGUUCUCUAUUGCUGUGCAUGCUGAUGUUACAAGCAAGUCACUUGAGCAGACCUGUCAGCUGGAUGUAAAGGCUUACUGUUGCGGAGAGAGAAGCCUUGAAGGGCUUGGAAUGGGUGGUUCCAUGAUCUACCAGAAGUUCACCCGAACUGGGGCCUGUGGAUCGCCUAGGUCAACUCUGCGAUGCUGCUGGAAAGAGGAAGAAGAGGAAGAAGAAUAGUUCAAUAGACUAUGUCCUUAACCAACUUAUGUUGUUUCUAUUAAAUAAAUUUGCUUCUCAGGCAUUGCUUGAUGAUAGCAUCAUCGUGUCUUUUAGUUAUGUCAAGACAGUCAAGUAUUUUACUGUCAGUCUUGUGGCAGAACUUGUUAGUUAAGUUUCUAUCAUGAGUGGUGGUGUUAUUGGUAUUUGCUAUUGUAUUGAAAACUAUGUUUCUGUUGAAUUUGAGUUUCUAUAUAUUUAUUUA